UUCUCCGAAACAACCCGACCCGGUGUAUCGGUAGAAUAUCCGAAACAACCUGCUCUUUCUUAAACCUCACACCAAAUUUCCAUUCCAACUCCAACAUACUAACUCACAUUUGUGUGCUUGACCAGCUACUGAAUUCAGUCAACGAUCAGGUAAGAUCAACACAAAGAGGAUGGCGGAUGGAGAUAAUAAUCCAUCACGAUAUGUAAAAUUGAACAAAAAUCAAGCGCCGGUUGAAAUCAAUCCCGGUGAACUUAAUCAGCCGAUUGAAGUUCCUCAGUUGAAUGUUCGCAAGUGCAAUGAAUGUGGACAGGCUUUACCCGAGAGCUUUGAGCCUCCUGCUGUUGAGCCUUGGACUACUGGUAUUUUUGGUUGUGCAGAAGAUACUGAAAGUUGCAGGACAGGACUUUUUUGUCCUUGUGUUCUGUUUGGGCGUAACUACGAAAGCUUGAGAGAUGACUAUUCUUCUGCAACUACUCCAUGUGUUCUUCAUGCAAUUUUCGUUGAGGGUGGUUUGGCACUUGCUGCAACAACAGCAGCAUUGCAUGGAUUUAUUGACCCGAGGACAUCAUUUCUCAUUUGUGAAGGGGUUUUGUUUGGUUGGUGGAUGUGUGGUAUAUACACCGGCAUUGUUCGACAGAUGUUACAGAAGAAAUACCAUCUUAAGAACUCUCCGUGUGAUCCAUGUUUGGUUCACUGCUGCAUGCAUUGGUGUGCUUUGUGUCAAGAACAUAGGGAAAUGAAGGGAAGGCUUUCUGAUAACUUUGUGAUGCCAAUGACUCUGGUCAAUGCCCCUCCUGUUCAACAAAUGAACUCAUCUCAAGACAAUCAAGACUCAUCUUCAGCACCAUCGUCCUCUGCAAAUGGCCAUGAACAUACCGACCUAGAGAUGCAACCGAUAUGAUAGCAGUAUCUGGUAUUACAUUUUACAUCCAUGAAGUUGCUUCUACAGACAUAAUUGAAUUGGUUGCUUUAUAUUUUGUAUUUUAAUUCAAUCACCGUUGUUUGAUAGGAGGGAAUCUGAACUUCAGUUUAGGUUUUGAACUCGUAGGUAUGAUGAUUAGACUGUUAGAGUAUAUUAUAUAGUUUUCUGGGUGAGCUUUACUGACUUUGGAUGGAUGAUUAUGAGGCAAUGGAGCAUUGUCUUGAUAUGUCUUGGGUCUCUUAUGUGGAAUUUUAGUCACGGUAUGGGGGUAUAUAGAUAUUAUUAUACUCUGUA